AUGUACACCGAAGAUUACGAAAGGAAGAUGCUCGAGCUGGUAAGUGAUGACAACACAUACACAUGUGUGAAAAGGGAUCCAACCAACGGCAUACAAACCAAGAACAACAACUUCGUCAAGAAACUUAAGGAUCAAAAGUUCAUUGAUGAAAAAACAAAGCGCAGUCUAACCAUCUACAAUGCAGUCUGCCCCCGCAUUUAUGGACAACCAAAAGCCCAUAAAAGUAAUCUCCCGUUGAGACCCGUCAUCCCCAACACGACAGCACCUACAUACAAACUGUCCAAGUACAUUGCCAACAUCCUACAGUUGUCAAUGGAAAGCAAGUACAACAUCACUAGUUCUUUUGCCUUCUGCCAAGAGAUCAACCAGAUCACUCUCCCACACAACUACAUCAUCAUCUCGCUUGAUGUGGUUUCCCUCUUUACUAACGCACCAAGAGAGCUCGUCACCUACAGCAUAAUUUAUGAAUGGGAAACUAUCAGGAACAACACAGACAUCGACCUUGAUCUCUUUCUGGAGAUGGUCGAAUUCUGCAUGAAAGAGAGCUACUUCAGGUACAAGGGUAAAUUCUACUAUCAAAUCUAUGGUACGGCCAUGGGGAGCCCUCUGUCACCCAUCCUCGCGGACAUCUCGCUGGAGACAGUUAUUGGCAAAGCUGUUGAAGCGCUACCGUUCGAUGUACCAAUUGUACGCAAAUAUGUGGACGAUCUGUUUAUUGCUGUUCCAGCAGACAAGAUCGAUGUUGUACUAGAAGAGUUCAACAAACAUGAAGCCCGCUUACAGUUCACUCUUGAGUGUGAACAGGACAACAAACUACCGUUCUUGGACAUGCAGGUGAUCCGGAAUGCUGACCAGACUCUGAGCACUGAUUGGUACGCCAAACCCAUCGCCUCAGGUAGAAUGCUGAACUACAACUCGUUUCACCAGAUGAAACACAAAGUCAACGUUGCGAACAUCUUUAUCCACAGAGUGACCACUCUGUCCACACACAGCAGCUGGAACGACCAAAAACAGAUCAUCUACACACAGUGUCACACACCUACACAACAACGGAUACCCGAGGACGUUGAUCAGUCGUCUAAUCCAACAGCACCAGAGUAA